CCGCAACACUGAAUAAUGGAUGGCCUUGGACCUUUCUGUGCCUCGGGGCUGUGCUGGUGCUGGGUCGGUGUGGCUUGCAACAGCCAGUUGCUAAAUGUUCGGGGCACCUCGGAACUGGUUGACAUCCAUGACGGAGAUGGGAGCUCAAGCAGCAGCCACCAAGGCCUCAAGAGCACAGCCAAGUGGGCGGCCUCCUUGGAGAAUCUUCUGGAAGACCCUGAGGGCGUGAAGAGAUUUAGGGAAUUUUUGAAAAAGGAAUUCAGUGAAGAAAAUGUCUUGUUUUGGCUGGCGUGUGAGGAUUUCAAGAAAAUGGAGGACAAGACGCAGAUGCAGGAAAAGGCCAAAGAGAUCUACAUGACCUUCCUGUCCAACAAGGCCUCUUCUCAAGUCAACGUGGAGGGGCAGUCUCGGCUCAGUGAAAAGAUUCUGGAACAACCACACCCUCUGAUGUUCCAGAAGCUCCAGGACCAGAUCUUCAAUCUCAUGAAGUAUGACAGCUACAGCCGUUUCCUGAAGUCUGACUUGUUUUUGAAGCACAAGCGGACCGAGGAAGAGGAAGAGGAGCCUCCUGACGCUCAAACCGCAGCUAAGCGCGCUUCCAGAAUUUACAACACAUGAGCCUCCGAGAGCUGAGGCCUGCCUUCGCCCCGUGGAGCAGAGGGGUGGACUCGGACCUGUGCAGGGUGUCAUUGCUUUGCCAUAUUUGAGGACUGAAGUGUGCAAGACCUUCCCUGGGGAUGUGUGUACUUUAUUAACUGUUUGACCAGUAACUUUUGCAUGUCGGCUAAUCUUCCAUUAAAAACAAAAGUAGCUUUGAAGUUUUAGUUCACAAAACAAAUGCAAUUCCUCCAACACUGGAUGCUCAGAGCAUUUAAAUUUGAUUAAACUUCCCAUGAGGCCACAGGUAAA